UCAGCUGCGUAAGUGCAGCGCUGUAUGUGGACAUAUGCACGCAUGCUCUUUGUGAAGGGGGAGUGAGAGAAGAGCAUGAAUGGAGCAAAAUGGCGGAUCAUGUGCAGAGCCUAGCCCAGCUAGAGAUCCUGUGCAAGCAGCUAUACGAGACGACGGACACCAGCACCCGCCUGCAGGCUGAGAAAGCCCUGGUAGAAUUCACCAACAGCCCGGACUGCCUCAGCAAGUGCCAGCUGCUGCUGGAGAGAGGCAGCUCCUCUUAUUCCCAGCUGCUGGCAGCCACGUGUCUGUCUAAGCUCGUCUCUCGCACAAGCAACCCUCUGCCCCUGGAGCAGCGCAUCGACAUCCGAAACUAUGUUCUCAACUAUUUGGCGACCCGGCCGAAGCUCGCUGCCUUCGUGACGCAAGCACUGAUCCAGCUGUACGCCAGAAUCACCAAACUCGGCUGGUUCGACUGCCAGAAAGAGGAUUAUGUCUUCAGGAACGUCAUAGUGGACGUGACGAGAUUCCUGCAGGACAGUGUUGAGCACUGCAUCAUAGGAGUAACGAUUCUGUCCCAGUUAACCAAUGAGAUUAACCAAGUAAGUUCCUCCGAGCUCUUCCACGAUGCAGAUACGACACAUCCACUCACAAAACACAGGAAGAUUGCAUCAUCGUUCAGAGAUUCCUCACUGUUCGAUAUCUUCACGCUCUCCUGCAAUCUUCUCAAACAGGCGUCAGGUAAGAACCUGAACCUGAAUGAUGAAGGUCAGCACGGUUUGCUGAUGCAGCUGCUGAAACUGGCACACAACUGCCUCAACUUCGACUUCAUCGGCACGUCCACCGACGAGUCCUCAGACGACCUGUGCACCGUCCAGAUCCCCACCAGCUGGAGAUCAGCCUUUUUGGAUUCCUCCACCCUGCAGCUGUUUUUUGAUUUGUAUCAUUCCAUCCCUCCCUCCCUCUCUCCUUUGGUGUUGUCGUGUUUAGUUCAGAUAGCGUCGGUUAGGAGGUCUCUGUUUAAUAACGCAGAGCGGGCGAAGUUCCUAUCGCACUUAGUAGAUGGAGUUAAAAGAAUACUGGAGAAUCCACAGAGUUUAUCCGACCCAAACAACUACCAUGAGUUCUGCCGCCUGCUGGCCAGACUGAAGAGUAACUAUCAGCUGGGGGAGCUGGUGAAGGUGGAGAACUAUCCGGAGGUUAUUCGGCUCAUCGCCAACUUCACCGUCACCAGCUUACAGCAUUGGGAGUUCGCCCCCAACAGUGUUCAUUACCUGCUGAGUCUGUGGCAGCGGCUGGCAGCUUCUGUACCCUACGUCAAAGCCACCGAGCCGCACAUGCUGGAGACCUUCACCCCCGAGGUGACCAAAGCCUACAUCACGUCCCGCCUGGAGUCAGUCCACAUCAUCCUUAGGGAUGGUCUGGAGGACCCGCUGGACGAUGCUGGUUUGGUGCAGCAGCAGCUGGACCAGCUCUCCACCAUUGGCCGCUGUGAGUACGAGAAGACCUGCGCUCUGCUGGUGCAGCUCUUCGACCAGUCCGCCCAGUCCUACCAGGAGCUGCUGCAGUCCACCAACUCCAGCAGCAUGGACGUGGCCGUGCAGGAAGCAGGUCGGUUGACGUGGCUGGUGUACAUUAUCGGUGCAGUUAUCGGGGGCAGGGUUUCCUUUGCCAGUACAGACGAACAGGACGCCAUGGACGGAGAACUGGUCUGUCGAGUUUUGCAGUUAAUGAAUCUGACGGACUCCAGACUGGCUCAGGCCGGUAAUGAGAAGUUGGAGCUGGCCAUGCUCAGCUUCUUCGAGCAGUUCCGCAAAAUCUACAUCGGAGACCAGGUGCAGAAGUCCUCUAAGCUGUACCGGCGGCUCUCGGAGGUUCUGGGGCUGAAUGAUGAGACCAUGGUGCUAAGUGUGUUUAUUGGUAAAAUAAUCACCAAUCUGAAGUACUGGGGACAGUGUGAACCAAUCACCUCCAAAACACUACAGCUCCUCAACGACCUGUCCAUCGGGUACAGCAGUGUGAGGAAACUGGUGAAGCUCAGUGCAGUCCAGUUCAUGCUCAACAACCACACGAGCGAGCACUUUUCCUUCCUGGGCGUGAACAAUCAGUCUAACCUCAGUGACAUGAGGUGUAGAACCACCUUCUACACGGCGCUCGGCAGACUGUUGAUGGUCGACCUGGGUGAGGAUGAGGAUCAGUUUGAGCAGUUCAUGCUUCCUCUCACAGCGGCGUUCGAAGCCGUCGCUCAGAUGUUCAGCACCAACACCUUUAAUGAGCAGGAGGCCAAAAGAACGUUAGUGGGUUUGGUGCGAGACCUGAGGGGAAUCGCCUUUGCCUUUAACGCCAAGACCAGCUUUAUGAUGCUCUUUGACUGGAUCUACCCCUCCUACAUCCCCAUCCUGCAGAGGGCAAUAGAGCUGUGGUAUCAUGUGCCUGCCUGCACGACACCUGUGCUCAAACUGAUGGCAGAACUGGUGCACAACAGGUCGCAGAGAUUACAAUUUGAUGUUUCGUCGCCAAACGGGAUCCUGCUGUUCAGAGAGACGAGUAAGAUGAUAACGACGUACGGGAACCGUAUCCUGACUCUUGGUGAGGUGCCGAAGGAUCAGGUAUACGCUCUGAAGCUGAAGGGCAUUUCCAUCUGCUUCUCCAUGCUCAAAGCCGUGCUCAGCGGGAACUACGUCAACUUCGGCGUUUUCCGACUUUACGGCGACGAUGCGCUCGACAACGCCCUGCAGACCUUCAUUAAGCUGCUGCUGUCCAUCCCACACAGCGACCUGCUGGACUAUCCGAAGCUCAGUCAGUCGUAUUACUCGCUGCUGGAGGUGCUCACCCAGGACCACAUGAACUUCAUCGCCAGCCUGGAGCCCCAUGUGGUCCUCUACAUCCUGUCUUCUAUUUCUGAGGGGCUCACAGCACUUGAUACGAUGGUGUGUACGGGCUGCUGCUCCAGUCUGGACCACAUAGUGACCUACCUGUUUAAGCAGCUCUCCCGCAGCACCAAGAAACGAGCAGCACCCAUGGCUCAGGAGAGCGACCGCUUCUUCCACAUAAUGCAGCAGCACCCGGAGAUGAUCCAACAGAUGUUGUCCACAGUGCUAAAUAUCAUCAUAUUUGAAGACUGCAGGAAUCAGUGGUCCAUGUCUCGACCGCUGCUAGGCCUCAUCCUCCUCAAUGAGAAGUAUUUUGCAGAUUUAAGAAACAGCAUUGUGAACAGUCAGCCUCCAGAGAAGCAGCAGGCCAUGCACUUAUGCUUUGAGAAUUUAAUGGAGGGAAUAGAGCGGAACUUGCUCACUAAAAACCGAGACAGGUUUACACAGAACCUUUCAGUAUUUAGGAGAGAAGUGAACGACUCCAUGAAGAAUUCCACGUACGGCGUAAACAGCAACGACAUGAUGAGCUGACAUUCCACCACCACGCAGCACCAGGCGUGGCUCGGGCCGCCGCAGUCCGCCCCCCCUGCCCCCCCGGCCCGGACGCCAGGGGACCACCGCUACGCAAGCCUGCACACCCUGAACCCCUAAACCCUGCCCUCACACGCCCCACAGCCCCUCCUCUGACUCCUCCCCUUUUUAUAUAUAUACACAUAUAAAUAUAUACAUAUUUUAAAGCCAGUUUCUCGGGGUCUCCUGACCGAGAGUGUGAGGUCGGGGGGACAGCGUGGAUCGAUCGGGGGGUUAGGGGUGUGUAGGAGUAGAGUUGGGAGUGUAUGUGUGUAUGAGUGUGUGUGUGUGUGAGGUGGGGGGGUGGAUCUAGGGACGUGGGUUUGGGGUUGAGUGAGUGUGUGAGAGAAAGUGUGUGUGUGUGUGUGUUUGAUUAAGUAGACAGACUAUAAGAGGUAUGAUGUGGGUUGGCACCAGCAUGUGGUUGUAUUUCCAACUAAAUACAGGAGGUGUGUGUGUGUGUGUGUGUGUGUGUGUGUGUGUGUGUAAAGGCUGAAUUAUUUUUUCUGUUUCAAGUCAAUGCUGAGUCUACGGCAUAACCUGCAAAAGUGAGCAUUUAUAAUUGUGCAUUAGUGUGUCUGCGUCAAGCUGCAGUUACACCUCCAAACCACUAGUUGGGAAUGCAAGUACAACUCCACCCCAAAGAUGGGAAUGCGAUUACACCUUUAAACCACUAGUUGGCGCUACUAUUUGGCUACGAAGGUGGUAAUGCAAUUACACCUCCAAAUCACUAGUUGGCAACAAAGGGGGAAAUGCAAAGGCAUGAAAACAAUGUUCAGUGUAUCAGUCACAGUUUUUGCAGUCUGUGUUGCCAUGGUACAUAUUUGUUUAUUUCUGAGGAAGCGAACAUCAGAAACGGAACCGUGAAGCAUGGACACCAACAUUUAUUGGUAUGCUGAACAUCAUAUUCUCACAUUUGCUUCCAACUAGUGGUUUGGAGGUGUAACUGCAUUUCCACAUUGCUUCCAACUAGUGGUUUGGAGGUGUAACUGCAUUUCCACCUUGCUGCCAACUAGAGGUUUGGAUGUGUAACUGCAUUUCCAUUUUUGCCUCCAACUAGUGGAUUGUAGAUGUAACUGCAUUUUCAUUUUUGCCUCCAACUAGCGGUUUGGAGGUCUAAUUGCAGAGCAUCGCAAACGCACAAACACACAAGUAUAAACGUUCACAACUGCGAAGGCCACUUGCGUGAACUACACUGUAGAUUCUGUGUAUACUUGACAUAAAAACAUAUAUAAAUCUGCCUUUAGUGUGUGUGUUCGUGUAUAAAUGUGUGCAUAAGUGUGUUUGUGUGUGUGUGUAUGUAUAAGGUGUGUGUGUAAUUGGGGGGAGGGGGAUGAGCUGGACUAUGUAGUGCUCUGCUUCUGCCUGCCUUGUAUAGAAACACACAAACAAGAGACGUGUACAUUUUUUUCAUAACAUUUUCAACGAUGUUUAUAAUGAUUACAGUUUAAGAAAAAAAAACGACAAAAAAAACAGUGUGAUUGAAAAACAAACGAGAAAAAAAAUCUUUUUACAAGUCUAGUUUAGUGCAGCUGUGCUGAAGUGUGGGGUGUCUGUGUGAGGAGAGUUCUUCUAUUCAGGCCGGGCGUGUUCUGUUUUUUUUUUUGGUGUGACUGACUGAAGGAUGUCCGUGAUUGGUUGGUUGGUUUUGUUGGUCGAUUGGUUGGUUGGUUGGGUGGGUGGAGGUGUGGCGGGAGGGUUCUACAGGAAUACACGUUGUACAUUUUCCUCAAACUGAACCUGAGCGGCGCACGAGAAUUCUGUAAAUACGGCAGUGCUUGUUCGUGGCCAGAAGGGGGCGCUAGCAGCCCUGAAACUACCAAGAUGAGUUAAAAACAUCAACCUUUCCUCCCUGCUCUCUCUCUCUCAUCGCUGCUGAUGCUGCUCUCGGCCUUUAGGCUCCCUAAACUGAGCAUUAAAGCGAUAGUUUGGCUUAUGUGCUAAUGCCUGCUUAUGUACACCAAUUAGCAUUUUGCUAAAAUCGUUCAGUAGUCUUUAAUAGACUUGUUUACGUGGUUGGUUUUGUCAUUGUGAUUUAAGAACAUGGGUCAUGUUCAGGCUGCUACUGUUUUUAGCUGUGCUAACAUACACUAACUGUCCAAAAAAUUGUGGACACCCUUUCUGAUAAAUGAGUUAACAGCUACGUCCCUUACCAUAGCAUCAAAACCAAAAUCUAGUACCAAUACUUUUGCCCAUAUACAUAGUGUACACCAUACCAUGUAUGUUAAAGUUUGUUAGCAAUUACUGAACACCUACACUCCUCAGUGAAUGAUGCUAAUGGUUUUAGCAUGCUAACUGGUGUACAUAAUGGCUUUUGUAAUCUGCUAUACUAGCCUUGUAAUGCUAACUCUUCAACAUUAAAAAAAUUAACUGGUUGAGUUAAAAACGCAAGGAUAAAAUUGUUGUGUACAUCGUCGGCCCAACUGUCGCUUUAAAGCAGGACAGCUCGACUCGGACCUGCUCAAACACACCUGUACACACCUGUAAUGAACUGCUAAUGGUGUGUUGGGGCAGGUAGGUUAAAGGUAAAGACAGGCUUUAUAUCUAGCCGUAUCCAAGGCUGUAUUCAAACCGCAGGUGAAUCAGAUUUGUUUCUGUAAUCAGAUCAGAUUUGUCUGUUUGGCUAUCGCAUAUCCAAGUAUCUACGUGGGUUGCUAUGGUAUCAAGGUCUGAUUAUUAUCACAUUUGAGACCACUUCCAAAUAUGGUUUUAGAAACUAUUUGCAAAAAGCAGAUUUUAUGCUUUCUUGCUGUUUAUGUUUAGACUGCCAACCGAAAAUCUGAUUCUGAUAGAUUUUUGAUGGUCUGAACAGCCCUUAAUGCAAUUCUUAUCAGAUUUGUCUCAAUCAGAUGGGUCUUAGUCUAGACGCUCAGAUCGGAUUUCAGUGCUUUUUUUUGUCACAACAACAAUUUGAAUUAGUGAGGGAGGUGUGUUUCAUUUUCUCAAAUCAGAUCAGAUCUAAUCACAAGCGUAUCUGCAUUGGUUGCUGUGGUGCAUCGUCUUCUUCUACCCCAGUGCUUUCAUUACUUUGGAUCUGAUCAAUCUGAUUAUCAACAUAUCUACACUGAAUCCAGGUUAAUUUUUUAUAGUCUGAAUGGCCAUGAAUCACAUGCAAUCUGAUCUGGAUUUUUUACAAAUUGGACUCACACUGCAUUUAAAGGUGGUUUAAAUGUGAUUAUAAUUAGAUUUGUACAGAUGCAUCUCAGUCUGGAUGCACAGAUCAGAUUUCAGUGUAUCUUUUUUUUUUUAUCAUUCACAACACGACAAAACCAGAGUAAGAUAAUUGUGUUUGGGUUUAUUCUUCUCAAAUCACAUUGAAUCUGUGAUUGAGAUUGAUUGUGUAAAGUGGUUUAGAUUGGAUUUGCCUGUCUAGGCAUCACAAGCCUAUCCAUCACUUUGUUUUUUUUUUGUUUUUUUUUUAUGUCAUUGAAAUCCAAUUUGAGCGUUUAGACUGAGAUGCAUCUGUACAAAUCUAAUUAUAUAAUCACAUUUCAAACUACUUCCAAAUGUGGUUUAGAUCUGAUUUGCUCAAAUCAGUUUUUCUGUUGUUUUUAACUGUCCAAACCUAAGAAAAAAAAAACAAUCUGGAUACAAUCAAAACAAAAAACAAAAACAUCAGAUACCAGAUAUGGGCUGGCAGUCUGAAUAUAGCAUUAACACAAAUCUGAUCACUUGCGAAGCGUUUUAAAGUGUGGACACAGUCAUCUCAACAGAUCUGAAGAUUAAAGAAACAAAUCUGAUUCGCUUGCAGUCUGAACUGAACGUAGCCUAAAUAUCGGACGUCCGCCUUCGAGUGUCCGAUCCCCGCUCUCUCUCUGUGGGAAGUGAUUAGAUAAUCAGACUGAUAAUCGUGGUGGUAGUAUUGCAGUCGUUCGGCUCUGAGCUUUUCUUCAGCUUUUUGUCGGUUUCUUCGCGCUAACGUUUUCCUUUGAUCUUCACAGGCUUCCAGUGUAACAGUAGCUGUGUGGUGGAGCGGGCGUGGCUCCGUAACUAGGCCUGUAGGAUGUAGCCUGUACAUUUACCAAUCAGCUGGUACUUAAUUACGUCAUCGUCACAGCAGGAACCAAUCAUCACACCCGCCGGCUGCCUCUAGCUUUAACCCCUCCCCCUUCUCCCUCGUCCGAAUACGAAUUACCCCCUCUGAAGAAUUCCGAUUUUUUUUAAUAAUGAGAAGAUAAAUAAUGCAUCAGAAUUAUGGUAGAUUUACAGUCAGAUCCAGAAAGGAAUAUUUUAGCAACUUGUGCUACUCUCGACAGGAUGUUGCUGCUAACUGUUUGUGAAGAAUCUAGCUCAUCUCUUUAACCGCGUCCCAUGACUUCUUCUGGAUGUUCCUCCGAGUUCCUCCCUCUUCCUUUUUCUCCUCUUUUGGUUCUGAUGUGAAUGUGUCUGUUUGGCGACUGUGUGUUGAGUCUUUGAGUGAUCAGGUAGCUGGUUGAAUUGUUUGGAUGUCUGCUACAUAUAGUGUAAGCAUUGUGACUGCAAAAUAAACAUCAUUGGUUUGUA